AGAAACUGAUCUCAAGCGAAAACUUGCCUUCACGACGUUGGAUGUACUUCAGGCUGCACUAUAAGCUCGCCAAUUGAGCUCCACCGCCGCAGCAUCGAAGGUGCCUUCUAUAUGCAAAUCUCUCGUUGCGCAUUUCAUCGAUUCGCACUCAAGACGUUGUGCGAACCACGCCCUAGAACACAAUCUCAAUCGUUUGCUACAGUCAUCUCAGCGACGGUCAUGUCGAACAAGGUCGCCUUCUACGCCGUAGCGAAGGGCCGCGCCCCCGGUGUCUACAUGACAUGGGACGAGUGCCGGGAGCAGACUACAGGGUUCCCUGCUGCACGUUUCAAAAAGCUCAGGUCUGCGGCGGAGGCGGAGGAGUACCUUGCGAGGUUCGGUAUCAAGUGGACUCUGCCUGAGGAGACAACCCCUACGCCUGCACCAUUUCAACGAGCUAUCGAGAAUAAGGUAGAGUCGCCUGCGGAUGACGGCGGAUGUACGAUUGUCUACUGCGAUGGUGCGUGCAAGGGAAAUGGGCAGGCGGAGUCCGUUGCUGGAAUAGGCGUAUGGUGGGGAAGGAGUGAUCCCAGAAACCUUGCAGAGCGAUGUCCGGGCUCUCAGACGAACAAUCGUGCAGAGCUCAUCGCCAUUGUGCGCGUUUUGGAGACGGCCCCUCAUAACAAGAAUCCGCUCAUAAUCAAGACGGACUCGCAGUAUUCUAUCAAAUGUCUACGAACAUGGUUACCAAAGUGGCUCGAUAAUGGCUUUAAAACGGCAAAAGGCGAUCCUGUCAAGAACGUACAAUUAAUAUACUACCUCAACGCGCUUCUCGCCCAGCGCGCGUUAGAAGGACAAAAAGUGCAUCUGGAGUAUGUGCGCGGUCACGCGGGUGAAGAGGGCAACGAAGGCGCAGACGCCCUCGCAAAUAUUGGCGCUUAUAAGCCAACGGUGCCAGAGCGCGAUUGGGAGGCACUGCAAGCUCAACUUUCGAAUACAGACCAUGCGGAUAGCAAUGCGAUGAAAGCGGCGGUGCAGGACGUGGUCUCAGCCGAGACGAGUGCAGAGGUUCCGAUGGAUGAAGAGGAGCUGCAGGCGUACGCGAAUUGUUUGUUACCGGAUGAGGAUAUCGAAUUGGAUCUUUUGGACGACUACAACUAGGCUGUCUGCACACUGAUCUCGCGCAAUUUGGUGCGGCCUGCUCGGACAUUCGAUUUUUUCGACGGCCGUUGCAUGUAUACCUGGUGUGUUGAGGUAUGGUAUCCAUGAGGUUAUGAUAGUCUGCACGUAUGGAGUCCCCAGUUGGUACUGCGGGUUCUCGUACAGAUAAUGCUGCAGCAUGUUUGAGAUACUUCACUGAUGAUUGAUGAAGACGCGAUAUUUCAGUAACUUCACUAACCGAUAC